UAUUUAUUUUUGUUUUCUUAAUUAAACGUAAGGAAAUGUGGUAAUUUUGCAACCCCCUAGGCCCCAUUUCAACCCGGGAACAAAUGCUGAGACUCGCGUGGUGCCUUUUAGGGUCAGCGGCCCCGCAAAGCAAACGGGGAGCGCAGCUGAAGACUUUGACCGCUGCGUGGAAGAUCCGGAUCUCUCCUCCCUCCAAAGGGCAGCGGCUGCCACGCGCUGCUUUGUCCGGGCCCCGCUCAGUUUCCUGGGUUGGCGGGACAGCGCGGCGGGCGCUGGCAGCCGGUGAUCUGCGCCUGGGGCUGCUUUACUCUCGGCAAAGGGAAGCGGAGCCUGCCUGCCUGCAGGGAGCGGCCGGGCCGGGCCGGGCCGGCUCUGCGCGCGCCCCAUGGGCACCUCCGGCAAAGUUAUAAAAUGCAAGGCUGCCGUUGCCUGGGAAGUGGAUAAACCACUCUCUAUCGAGGAGGUAGAGGUUGCACCUCCGAAAGCCCAUGAAGUUCGUGUUAAGAUAGUGGCCACAGGGAUCUGUCGGACAGAUGACCAUGUUCUGAAAGGUUCUUUUCCAAAUAUAGAUUACCCAGUUAUUCCUGGCCACGAAGGAGCUGGGAUUGUGGAGAGUAUUGGAGAAGGAGUGACAUGUGUGAAACCAGGAGAAAAAGUCAUCCCUCUGUGUCUUCCCCAAUGUGGGGAAUGCAGCUCCUGUUUGAAUCCUGACACCAACUGUUGCCUGAAGACACACCUCUAUGAAUCCCAGAACCUCAUGCCGGACAAGACCAGCAGAUUCACCUGCAAAGGGAAAGCAAUUCACCAUUUCCUGUGGAUCAGCACCUUCUCAGAAUACACAGUUAUGCCUGAUUCUGCCAUUGCAAGAAUUGAUGAUGAUGCUCCUCUGGAUAAAGUCUGUCUGUUUGGCUGUGGAUUUUCCACUGGUUAUGGUGCUGCCAUCAAUACUGCCAAGGUUAAACCUGGUUCAACUUGUGCCAUCUUCGGUUUGGGAGGAGUUGGCCUCUCUGUUGUUAUGGGCUGUAAAUCAGCUGGUGCUUCCCGGAUCAUUGGGAUCGACAUCAACAAAGAUAAAUUUACCAAGGCUAGAGAGUUAGGAGCCACUGAGUGCAUCAACCCUCAGGACUUCAAGAAACCUAUUCAGGAGGUGCUGGUUGAGAUGACUGGCCAUGGUGUGGACUAUUCCUUUGAAGUCAUUGGCCACACAGAUACUAUGGUAGCUGCCCUGGCAUCCUGCCACAUGAACUCUGGCACCUGUGUGAUGGUUGGAGCACCUCCUUCAGGAUCACAGCUAUCCUUUGACCCUAUGCUGCUGUUUACUGGACGUACCUGGAAAGGGAGUAUUAUUGGAGGUUGGAAGACUAAGGAUUCUAUCCCCAAAUUAGUGUCUGGUUAUAUGGAGAAGAAAUUUAAUCCAGAUGUGCUAAUAACACACACUUUACCAUUUGAGAAAAUCAAUGAAGGAUUUGAAUUGUUACAGUCAGGAAAGAGUAUCCGCACUGUCCUGCUGUUUUAGGAUCGGCCUGAGAGUUGUCAACAGCAUGACACAUCUCAUCCAAAAUGUCCUCCCUGCAAUAUCUAUAUCGUGAAAUCAUAAAACAAAGUGUGGAAAGUCUUAGAUGAUUCUUUGCUACUAAUAGCUGAGAAAAAAGGGACCAAACAAAAGCUGGAGUCAUCUGGACAGAUUUUGAUUAAUAAGGAAGAAUCUCUCUAAGCACAGAAUUUGAAAUACAAACUGUUGUUUGGAGGUCUUUUAAAUAGAGGCAUUUAAGAAGGAAAUGAAUCUGCUUUCUACCAGAGUAUCCUACAAAGGAUCCUCCAUUGGUGAUUUCUUUAAAUCCUUAACUCUGUUGUCCCUUUCUGUGCUGAAUCCUCGCUGUUUAAUUAGUACAAUUAUAAGCAUAUGAAAUCUACAGUAUUUGACAUCUCAAACACCAGUAUGUUGUGAAAUACCUUGAUUCUUUUUUUUUCUUUUUAAUUGUUGUACUUCCUGAUUUUAUAUGAGAUGAGAGAGAAAUGUUUCUUUAGGUCUUUGUCUAGCAUCCAGUGAGGUGUUAAUUUUUCCUCAGUUAUGGUCCUUUAACCAUUUUGAAAUAAUUUGGUUUUGUGAAUAUCCAAGAGAAGAAAGUUAUUGGUGGUUUAAAAAAAAAAAGAAUCCAGGAACAGGUAACUCCAGUGCAGCAGUUCUCAAUCUGUGGGUCAGGACCCAAAGUGGGUCACAACUCCAUUUUCAUGGGGUCGCCAGGCCUGGUGUUAAAUUUGCUGGGGCCAAAGCUUGAGCCCCACUGCCUGGGUCCGAAGCUGAAGCCCAAUCCCCGCCACCUGGAAUCGAAGCCCUUGGGCUUCCCUCCUUGAGGUGGCUUUGGCCUCCCAGUUGGGGGCAGCAGGGCUUGGGUGGGCUCAGUCUUUGGGGUUGUCAUAAACAGAUGAGUAAGAGUUAAUAAACAGAA